AUGUCCUGCUCUGACCUGUCCCCCUGCGGCGUCCUGCGCCCCCAGCCCCUGGCUGACAGCGGGAACGAGCCCUGUGUGCGCCAGUGCCCCGACUCCAGCACCCUCAUCCAGCCCCCCCCCGUGGUGGUCACCUUCCCUGGGCCCAUCCUCAGCUCCUUCCCUCAGGAUUCCAUCGUGGGAUCCGCUGGAGCCCCUGUUCUUGGGGGUUAUGGGGGUUAUGGGGGCUAUGGGGGCUAUGGAUCCCUGGGUUAUGGGGGUCUGUGGGGCUAUGGGGGCUAUGGGGGUUAUGGAUCCCUGGGUUAUGGGGGUUAUGGAUCCCUGGGAUAUUUGGGCUCUGGCUCCCUGGGCUAUGGGGGUCUGUGGGGCUAUGGGGGCUAUGGGGGUCUGUGGGGCUGUGGGGGCUCCCGGGGGCUGUGGGGCUCUGGCAGAUCCUACGGCUCCUGCAGCCCCUACUCCUGGUACGGCCGCUACGGCCGCGGCCUCUGCGGGACCUGCUGA